AUGAAUCUAAAUUUAUCUUCGAGAAAAACCAUAAAUCAAUAUUGUAUUGAGAACAUAAUAAAUUUGUUUACAGAACUACCAGAAUGGGUUAUAAUAUAUUACAUGAAACAAUCGGCUACUGAAUACAAAUGUAACAUUUGUGAAAAAGUAUUGACUGUGUUCAACGAGAAGUCUAUGGAUUUAUUUCAUCACAUUAAAGAUAAUCACAAAGAAGUGUAUGAUCUACAUAAAGAUAAUACAUCAUCAUCACCAGCUGGGUACCAUAUAGAAUUCCUACAUUUGAAUGUGUUAAGGGACGACGGGGACCCAGAAAAUGAACCGGUGUUCAUUGGAGAAGUCUGUGAAGCAACUACUGAGGAGAUGACUAAACCAGUUAUAGAUAAAAUUGUAUCUGUAUCCGAUUGCACCGUGUCACCAGUGAAAAAGAAGAAAUUAAUUAGUUUGGAAACAAGAAGACGCAGUUGGGUGUGGAAAUAUUUCACAAAAGUGAAAGACGACAAUACUAUGUUCCAGUGCAACCUCUGUAACAUAGUGUUGUCGAUCAAGGGCUGCAACACGAACAAUAUGAACCGCCACGUUAAAACUAGGCACGCGGACGUGUACGACGCGGAAAUAUAUUUGAAAAAGGACAAAUCAAAAGAAGUGGACUUCGAGCAGAGUGAAGAUAUGGAAGCUUUUAAAGUGAUGGAUGAUUCUUGCGAGAACAUCAAUGAAGAGUUGGAGUCAGACAUAUCAGCCAUGAAGCGGCGCAGCUGGGUGUGGUCGUACUUCAACCAGAUGUCGGGAACAAUAGCGCAGUGCAAGUUAUGCAAUCGCAGCAUCAGUCACGGCGGCAACGCCACCGGCAAUAUGAACAGACAUCUUAAGAUGAUACAUAACAAGACACAGGAAACCGACGUAUGGGUAUGGAAAGUGUUCGAUCAAAGCCACCCAAAAUACUACACCUGUAAAAUUUGCCAAUACAAAUGUUCAAAGAACAGCGACAAAGUCCGAACAAUGUCUUUGAUAUUGGACCAUUUGAAAGAUGAACAUGGCGUGGUCUCCUGUGUUCAAAUCAUAACUGCCCCUAUGUAAAGUUGGUGAUCCAACAUUUGGUAACCAUCUAUUGUAUUAUCACUCGUGUUGUGAUAAAAAGUAGAUACCAAUAUGCUUUAUAUUUACGAAUAUAAGUGGAAGAGAACUUUUUGAUGUAUGAAAAACUGGUUUUGAAAAUGCAUUUGAUUAGUAAAAUAAUACAUUUUACGUUUUUUGCAAUCAUAUUCGGACACAAUGACCAAUACAAUAAAUAUAUAACAGUUUUAUAGCUAGAUCUUUAUUGAUAACAUUGCCUUAAACUUGCUUCUUGUAUAGCUGGUUUUAUUAAUGUAAUUUUAUCUAACUUUGACAAGAACAAUCGUUUUCAUUAAUGAAUCAAACAAAUCUAUUUUAGAAAUAUGUUUAUAUUAAUGUACGCAUGAAAAAGAAAGAAAAAGCCGGGAUUUUAUUACUAUCUAUCAUGUGUUAGCGUAACCGUAUAUACUAUAUUUGUAUUGCCAAUUGUCAAGAGGUUUUCAUUCGACGAUUAUUAUCAAUUUUAAGCGUUCAUCGUAACGUACGAAUAUUAAGAUGCGACGUAUUCGUAAAUAUAAAAACUAUAAACAAUGUAUAUAUAAAUAUAAUAGAUGUAAGAGAUAUGUAAAUAUGUUGGACUGUUGAUGAGAAUAAGGGAUAUAGGUUGACGACGGGCAAUCCAAGCCGUAUUUUAUGUACCGUCGAAUCAGAGUACACAAUUUUAUUGUUUGACGUGCACGCAUGUUCGUGCGAAUUCGCAGUUGCCAUCUGCCAGCUGAAUACAGUUUCUCAUCUCUGCAAGUCCUAAUAGCAACCGACUAGACAUACAAGUGUGUAAAAAAAAUUUAGUUAUAUUUUUCUUUAUAAUUAUCAGUUAAGAGGUCAUAUUUGCUUAAAUUUUAUUGCACAUUAUCAUUUAUUCUAUUAUAUUAACUCCCAUGCAAAUACACCACGUGGCGGUGGUAGAUAGACAUUUAUCAGAGGGAGACUUUGUACAAAAGUCGAUUGCUUGGUACCUCUGUCCCAUUCGUGUUUCAACCGUGAAGCAGUUGUGUUUGCAUGGCUGUGUUUCGGUUUGAAGGGUGCGAUAUGGCGUGAAUUUACUGGGUACAGAGGAAUAACACCCGAGUCCUCAGGAAUGGCAACGCAUGGGGGGUAUCAUGGGCGAAACAGUAUACUCUGUUAUGUCCAUGGUACUGCUCGUGUCUAUAAGCGACGGUUACCACUUUCCAUCAGGUGAGCCGUCAGCUUGUUUGCCAUUCUAAGUUGUAUAAAAAAAAGAUGGUAAUAUAAUAAAACUGUUUAUUUUAUGUUAAUAAUCAUGAAUUAUAUUUAUUAUAUACCUACUUGAUGUAGUGACAAAUUUUAGUUUGUAUGUAAUACUUAGCACCAAUUAAGUCGAUCUUCGGUCGCCGAUCUUCUGCGAUGGAACGCCAAUGCAUUAUCAGGUCGCAUACAUUUUCCUACUGUUGGUCACAUUACGCGGAAUAUCGGUCGUUGUGUCGACAUAAUGUCGUGGAAUGCUGGCAUCCGGCGGCUGCUCGGUCAUCCGCGUGCUGAUCUUCCAAUUGCGGAAGAUCGACGACACAUUACAUAUUUUCGUAUGUGUUGCCCCCACACAUACCAUCCCAUCUGGGUUGACUACUUCUUUAGAAAUUUAACGCGCCUUAAAUACAGUUAUUGAAAAGAAAUAAUUAUUUUUAAAAAUUGACUUUUCUUAUUUAUUAAUAUUAAUAAUUAGCCUUAAUUUUUAAAUAUUGCUAUGACUCCAAUAGUUAUUUUAUUUGUUUAAUUGACAUUAUUGUAAAGUUCUUGCACUCAUGUUUUCGUGGGCUGUUUAUAAUUAAAAUAUGUAAAGGCGUACCAUGGGUUACCUUUAUAUAUAUAUACACACGUCUAUUAUUAUAUUAAUUCUCGGUACCUACGCAACGGGCUUAGUCCAGGGGAGGUCUCAACUUUGGGAAUAAUAUCAGGUAUGUAUGUCAUUAUUUAAUUGAAAUUGCGUAUCGUUAAGUAAAAUACGAUUUUAUCACAAUGACUGCGCUAAUCGUGUAAGGAAAUAUAGAUCCAACGAGAUAGAACUAUUAUCAUAUUCGUCAUAGUCGUAGAAUACUGACGGAUUUAUAUUUAAUAUUUAUCAGAUCCGUCAGUUAUCUACGAUUAUGACGAAAUAGUGGCAAUAAAUGUAUCGCGUAACAUACACGCUCCAAUUGAAUUGAGACCCUUUCUUUUUGAAGUAGGUUGAAACAUUAUGUAAAUCGCUGGGAGAAAGGAAUUAGGCUAUUUAGUGUUUUAUUUAUAUGAAUAAUUUUAUUUUAUUUCAGUGCGAGAUAAGUUGUAUAUAAGAAGCUAAAUAUAAAGUUGCUAUCAAUUAAAAUGAAAAUUAUGUACCUAAUUUCUGUAUUGUUUGUGAGAAUAUUUUAAAUAUUAGAUUUUAUAUUUAUUUUAAUGGGAAGCACUAUUCAGUCUUUUGUUUUAAUAUUAAGAAAUGUAAAUAUUAUUCACGAAUUAAAACUGGGCACACA